GAAGAGAACUAGGUAUGCAGAUGAGUUCAGGAUUAGCUAAUCAUUCAGUUAUAAAUAAAAUGACAUUAAUCUAACAGGACAAGUUGAGAUAAAUCAGGGCUCUCACACUCCAGCCCUGGAGGCCUCAGUGACUUGCUUUCAGAAAGCAAGCAGUUUAAACCAGGUGUUCAGACUCUUUAGCCAAUCAGGUGCUUAAAUUAAGUGUUUAAGCGCAGGUACACAUAAAAACCGGCCAACGCAGUGUCUCCUGGGCUUUGGGUUUAAGAUCCCUAAUAUAAACCGAGAAGGAGCUCUGUGAAGGACUUCUGGAAGUUGACUCAAUGUUCUGGAUAAACGCUGAACAUCUCUGAUUUAAUCGGGUUAAAAUUGCAUUAAUUAAUUGAAAGAGGAGAUUAAUUGAGGGGGAUGAUGUCUGAUUUGCCACUAUGGGGCGUAACUGGUCGCUAGCAACAGGUGCGCACACCGUCCUGCACGAGCGCAGCCGUUAUUGAUGCCGACGGCAAUAAGUUGUGUUAUCCUCAUGAAAUUAUUGUUCCAUAUUCGUGUCACGUUGCACUAUUUCUAUAUAUCGUUUUCCCCUUAAUACGACAGUAGGCUGUACAUUUACAAAACCCAACGGAAACAACUUAAGUGUGCAUGACACUUCGCCGAGAGAGAGAAAAUUGUUUAUCCACGGGUCGGUCACAAUUAUGGCAGUGCUGGCCUGCGUUGCAUUGAGGAAUAUUUUCUCACAUCAUGCAGAGGGGAACCGCUCCCAGUGGACUAGAUCAUUGGUAUAGUCUGUCAGUGUUUCAUAUCGUAUCACGUACACUGUCAACCCGAGGGAGAAAAAUCAACGCGCUUAAUAGGGUUUUCAUGUGUCAUAUAGGUGCUGGUAAAUUAUCAUAUGUAGCUAACCCGUAGAUCUUUAGCUUGUAUAAUUAACACCGAGACUCCUUGGCUCUCGGACACCCGGCUUUGAUGUCUCCAGUCCAGCUCUGACCGCACCAAGCUCCAGUUGCCCGCUCGCAUCUCUGAAUUAACACUGAAGACGAGGGCAAAGGAAGUGUCACUUUGGGGAAAACACAGAGCGGAAAAGAUGAAAAACCACACCUUUACAGGGCUAUGGUGAAGUGGAGGCUUCAGGAUGCUGGACGUGAGCUCCUGCCUGGACACACCUUUGGACCACAAUGCACUGGGAGUGCCUGAGCCGGGCGUGGUCCGGGGCGGCAGCAGCAGCGCGCUGCACCUGCUGGCCCUCCCGCCCUCCGUCACGGAGAGCAGGCGUCCCAGCCUGGCCUCGGGGGCUCAGUCCUGCCCCCUGCUGGACCCCCACACCCCCUCCGGCUCCCCCUUCUCCCGCGCCAGCAGCUUCAGCGACCUGCUCCUGCCCUGCAGCUCCGCCUCCCUGGACGGGGGCGGGUCCUCGCUGGGCCCGGACUCCGACGCCGCCGUCAGCCCCCACCUGAUGAUGCGUCGCCGGGGGGGGCUCAUCGAGCAGCGCGACAUCGUCCGGGCUCACCAGGCGCACAAGAUCCAGAGCACCCCCCAGGCCCGCCGCAAGGAGUGGGAAAUGGCGCGGUUUGGAGACGACGUUCCCAGCACGGUGGGAUCAGUGGACGGAGGCUCGGAGCGCAUCGGGGACAAUGAGGGACAGGCGGGGUCCACCGCUGGAGUUUCACCGUCGCUAAAACAGACCAAAGCGCAGAGAGCUCGCACCAUGGCGCUGUACAACCCCAUCCCCGCCAAGCAUAACUGCCUCACCGUCAACAGGUCGCUCUUUAUUUUCGCCGAAGACAACUUUAUUAGGAAAUACGCGAGGAAGAUUAUAGAAUGGCCUCCUUUUGAGUACAUGAUCCUGGCCACCAUCAUCGCCAACUGUGUGGUCCUGGCCCUGGAGCAGCACCUGCCUGGGGAGGACAAGACCCCCCUGGCCAAACGGCUGGAGAAAACGGAGCCCUACUUCAUCGGGAUCUUCUGCUUCGAGGCGGGGAUAAAGCUGGUGGCGCUGGGCUUCGUGUUCCACAAGGGCUCCUACCUGCGCAAUGGCUGGAACGUCAUGGACUUCAUCGUGGUGCUGAGCGGGAUCCUGGCCACGGCAGGGGCGCACAUGAACAUACCGGUCGACCUGCGGACCCUCAGGGCAGUGCGAGUUCUGAGACCCCUCAAACUGGUCUCUGGAAUCCCCAGUCUGCAGAUCGUGCUGAAGUCCAUUAUGAAAGCCAUGGUGCCCCUGCUGCAGAUCGGCCUGCUCCUGUUCUUCGCCAUCCUCAUGUUCGCCAUCAUCGGCCUGGAGUUCUACAGCGGGAAGCUCAACCACACCUGCCAGCCAGCGCCCAACAUCCUGGAGAAUGAGACGGUUGACUCCUCGGAGUGGGAGUUCCCCUGUGGGGUGAGGAGGUGUCCCUAUAAAUACGACUGCAACGGCACCUGGCCCGGCCCCAACGACGGCAUCACCCAGUUCGACAACAUCCUGUUCGCCGUGCUCACCGUCUUUCAGUGCAUCACCAUGGAGGGCUGGACCGCCGUCCUGUACAACACCAAUGAUGCCUUAGGCCCCACCUGGAACUGGCUGUACUUCAUCCCCCUCAUCAUCAUCGGCUCCUUCUUCGUGCUGAACCUGGUGCUGGGUGUGCUCUCAGGGGAAUUUGCCAAAGAGAGGGAGCGGGUGGAGAACAGACGGGCCUUCAUGAAGCUUCGGCGGCAGCAGCAGGUGGAGAGAGAACUCAACGGCUAUCGGGCCUGGAUCGACCGAGCAGAGGAGGUGAUGCUGGCAGAAGAGAAUAAGAAUUCAGGGACGUCUGCUUUAGAUGUGCUGAAGAGAGCCACGAGUAAGAAGACCCGUAUGGGCGGAGUCCGGCGUGGACCUGGAGAGGACAAAUACGGAGACAUGGGGGCUGGAGGCGUCCCGCGGGCCCGGUUCAGCCUCACGGGCAAGCGGGGGCCGGCGGCCUACUUCCGGCGCAAGGAGCGCAUGCUGCGCAUCUCCAUCCGGCGCAUGGUGAAGACGGACAGCUUCUACUGGACCGUGCUGGGCCUGGUGGCCCUCAACACCAUCUGCGUGGCCAUCGUGCACCACGACCAGCCCCCCUGGCUCACCGUCUUCCUGUACUACGCAGAGUUUGUCUUUCUGGGGCUGUUCCUCAUGGAGAUGUUCCUGAAGAUGUACGGCCUCGGCCUUCGCCUCUACUUCCACUCCUCCUUCAACUGCUUCGAUUGCGGGGUGAUCGUGGGCAGUAUCUUCGAGGUGGUGUGGGGCUUCUUCCGCCCCGGGGUGUCCCUUGGGAUCAGCGUCCUGCGAGCCCUGCGGCUUCUGAGGAUCUUCAAAAUUACCAAGUAUUGGGCAUCUCUGAGGAACCUGGUAGUGUCUCUGAUGAGCUCCAUGAAGUCCAUCAUCAGCCUGCUGUUCCUGCUCUUCCUCUUCAUCGUAGUCUUCGCUCUCCUGGGAAUGCAACUCUUUGGUGGCAGGUUCAUCUUUGAGGAUUACACUCCGACCAACUUUGACACCUUCCCCGCCUCCAUCAUGACCGUGUUCCAGAUCCUGACUGGGGAGGACUGGAACGAGGUGAUGUACAACGGCAUCCGCUCCCAGGGCGGGGUGCAGUCCGGCAUGUGGUCCUCCAUCUACUUCAUCGUGCUCACGCUGUUUGGCAACUACACUCUGCUCAACGUUUUCUUGGCCAUCGCCGUGGACAACCUGGCCAACGCUCAGGAGCUCACUAAGGAGGAAGAGGAAGAGGAAGAGUUUUUCAAUCAGAAACACGCCCUGCAGAAGGCCAAGGAGGUUGGGCCCAUGUCCUCCAUCAUGUCGUCAGACCGGAGGAGGAGGCACUACCUGUACAGGAAGCGCGCCAUCCACCGGAGCAGACCCGUCUUCGCUGACGAGGGCGGGCCGGGGGACCAAUCAGAGGCCCCGGACCAGCAGCCGCUGACCGCCCCGCCGGGCUGCCGGAGGGAGAGGAGGAAGAGGAUGAACAUGUCUGUGUGGGAGCAGCGGACCAACCAGCUGAGGAAGAGGAGGCAGAUGGCCAGCCGCGAGGUGCUGUUCGGCGGCCCCGGCGAGGAGGGGGACACGCCCUCCAGCGCGCACCUGCAGGGCCGGCCCGCCCUGUCCCCGGCGGACAGCCCCGCCCGCCUGCCUGACUCGCCGCUGUCCGUGGCCAUGCCCCUCCCCGAGCCGCCCGAAUCGCAGCCCUUCCCCCCGGAGGACCGCCACCCCCGCGGCCUCAACGGGAACCGCAGGCAGCGGGUGGUCCGCCGCUUCCGCCCCCCCCCGCCCGGCGCCGGCCUGGGCCCCGACGACUGCGCCCGCCCCCCGCGGCGACACCGCCACCGUGAAUCCCGCCCCCGCGAGCCCCCCCACGAGGAGGCGCCCCGCCCCCCCGGCCAGGAGCUCUGCGAGCCCUCGGAGGAGCGGGAGGAGAGUCGCGCCGACGAGGGGAGGAAGGCCGAGGAUGAGGAAGAUGGCGCUCUGACGGGGAGAGGACAGGACCCAGCCAGGCUGGAGGACGCUGCCCCUGAUCUGGGCGAGUUCCCCGCGUUCUGCGAGACCCAGGAGACCCAGCCCAUGCUGAGCGUCGCCCGUCCCGAGGAGGGCGGGGCCGAGGACGGGCUGCAGGGGGAGCUGCCCCCCACGGGGGAGCCAGAGGAGCCCCUCCUCCAGGGCACUGACCCCUCUCUGGGUGGAAUCGAUGCUGACACCAACCCUGCCGCUCUGAACCGCGAAGCCAUGCCCUUGGAUUCCAGCGUGGUGGUCGAGGUGGCGGGUGUGCAGUCGCUGCUGGAGCUCACCCCCAUGACAGAGAACAGUAAGGACACGGAACCCUCCCGGUCUGAGAAGGAGGAUGAAGAGGAGGAAGAGGAAACCCACAUCCCCCCUAAAGCUGUACCACCAGACAGCAUGUUCCUGUUUACUGCCACCAACCCGAUCCGGAGGGUGUGUCACUAUGUGGUGAACCUGCGCUAUUUUGAGAUGACCAUCCUGCUGGUGAUUGUGGCCAGCAGCAUCGCCCUGGCAGCCGAGGACCCUGUGUGCACCAACUCCGACCGAAACAAAGUUCUUCGUUACUUUGACUACGUGUUCACCGGAGUCUUCACCUUCGAAAUGAUCAUAAAGAUGAUCGACCAGGGCCUGAUCCUGCACGACGGCUCGUACUUCCGGGACCUGUGGAACAUUCUGGACUUCAUCGUGGUGGUGGGGGCCCUGAUCGCCUUCGCGCUCACGAACAAUAAGGGGCGGGACAUCAAGACCAUCAAGUCCCUCCGUGUCCUCAGAGUCCUGCGGCCGCUCAAGACCAUUAAGAGACUCCCUAAACUUAAGGCAGUCUUUGACUGUGUGGUCACCUCCCUGAAGAACGUCUUCAACAUCCUCAUCGUCUACAAGCUCUUCAUGUUCAUCUUCGCCGUCAUCGCUGUGCAGCUGUUCAAGGGGAAGUUCUUCUACUGCACCGACGGGUCCAAGGACACCCAAAAGGAGUGCCAGGGGUACUAUAUCGAUUAUGAGAAGGACAAGAAGGAGGUGAAGAAGAGGGAGUGGAAGAGACACGAGUUUCACUAUGACAACGUGAUCUGGGCCCUACUCACGCUGUUCACCGUGUCUACAGGGGAGGGCUGGCCACAGGUGCUGCAGCACUCUGUAGAUGUGACCGAGGAGGACAGGGGUCCAAGCAGAGGGAACCGCAUGGAGAUGUCCAUCUUCUACGUGGUGUACUUUGUGGUCUUCCCCUUCUUCUUCGUCAACAUCUUUGUGGCCCUCAUCAUCAUCACCUUCCAGGAGCAGGGAGACAAGAUGAUGGAGGAGUGCAGCCUAGAGAAGAACGAGAGGGCCUGCAUAGACUUCACCAUCAGCGCCAAACCCCUGACCCGCUACAUGCCCCAGAACCGGCAGACCUUCCAGUACCGCCUGUGGCAUUUCGUGGUCUCUCCCUCGUUUGAGUACACCGUGCUGACCAUGAUCGCCCUCAACACCGUGGUCCUGAUGAUGAAGUACCACUCAGCUCCAGCUGCGUACGACACGGUCCUCAAACACCUGAACACUGCCUUCACCGUGCUCUUCUCCCUCGAGUGCAUCCUCAAGAUCUUUGCUUUCGGCUUCAAACAUCUUAUUCGACACUGAAACAUUUAUGACUUCAUCACAGUUCUGGGGAGCAUCUCUGAGAUUGUGGUGGACCUGCAGUCGGUGAACACCAUUAAUAUGAGUUUCCUGAAGCUCUUCCGUGCGGCUCGGCUCAUCAAGCUCCUGAGACAGGGCUACACCAUUCGCAUCCUGCUCUGGACCUUCGUGCAGUCCUUCAAGGCUCUCCCGUACGUGUGCCUGCUCAUCGCCAUGCUGUUCUUCAUAUACGCCAUCAUUGGGAUGCAGGUCUUUGGAAACAUAAAACUGAACGACGAAAGCCACAUCAACCAGCACAACAACUUCAAGACCUUCUUCAGCGCUCUGAUGCUUCUGUUCAGGAGUGCCACAGGAGAAUCCUGGCAGGAGAUCAUGCUGUCCUGUUUGGGGAGGCAGGAGUGUGAGCCCGACCCCUCCAUCACCCCCCCCUUCACGUCCCCCGACCACGAGGGGGGGUGCGGCACCGACUUCGCCUACUUCUACUUUGUGUCCUUCAUCUUCUUCAGCUCCUUCCUGAUGCUGAACCUCUUUGUGGCUGUGAUCAUGGACAACUUUGAGUACCUGACGCGCGACUCCUCCAUCCUGGGGCCACACCACCUGGACGAGUUUGUGCGCAUCUGGGGGGAGUACGACCGAGCGGCGUGUGGGCGUAUCCACUACACUGCGAUGUAUGAGAUGCUGACACACAUGUCUCCUCCACUUGGCCUCGGGAAGAAAUGUCCCGCCAAAAUCGCCUAUAAGCGCUUGGUCCUAAUGAACAUGCCGGUGGAUGAGGACAUGACCGUCCACUUCACCUCCACUCUGAUGUCUCUCAUCCGCACCGCCCUGGAGAUCAAGAUCGCCCGAGGUGGGGAAGACCGGGAGCAGUUGGACGCUGAGCUGCAGAAAGAGAUCAGCAUCAUCUGGCCACACCUGUCCCAGAAAACCCUGGACCUGCUGGUGCCUCUGAACACAGACAGCACCAUGACGGUGGGAAAGAUCUAUGCAUCCAUGAUGAUCAUGGAUUACUACAAGCAGAGCAAAGCCAAGAAGCUGAGGCAGCAGCUGGAGGAGCAGAAGCACUCCUCCAUGUUCGAGCGAAUGGACCCGUCCGGCCUGCCACAGGAGAUCCUGUCCAGCGCCUCCACCAUGCCCUUCCUGUCCCACAGCGCCGGCUCGGCUCUGACCAGAGGAGGCUUUGUGGCUCUGAGCCCCAUCUCUCCUCAGGAGCUGUUCCUGGCCCCGGGGCCUGCAGACAUGGAGGACAGCGAAGAGUUCCAGGGCGGGUCGAUGAAGCGCUCCUUCUCCAGUUUGGGGGAGCAGCGUGUGAACGGCCUGUGGCGGGACGAGCCCCCCCUGGAGAGGCCCAGCCCCGAGCGCUCCCACAAACCCCGCCCACGCAGCUACAAGGGGGCCGGCUCCAGGGCCAGCCACUGGCACCAGGGGGACAGGGAGAGAGGCCGGUCUCGGGAGCGGCGCCACCUGCUGUCCCCCGAUCUGUCGCGCUGCAACUCCGAGGAGCGCAGCCAGCCGCGAUCACGCUCGCCCAGCGAGAGCCGAGCGCACGCGCCGCACAAAGAGGGUAACAGCUCGGACAGCCCUGUCCCGUCCACCUCGGGGUCGAGCACCCCCAGCGGCCGACGCCCAACUCCCUCGCGGCCACGAGCGCACAUCUCCUACUCGCCCCUGCUGUGCCACGCCCACUCCUCCCCCCCUCCCUGCGACCGGGGCGCGCCACUCACCCAGGACCCCGCCCAGUGGGAGGAGGGAGAGGCGGGGCCGGGGCCAGUGGGCGGGGCCAGCCACCUGUCCACACCCCAGCGCUACCCCUCCGAGCCUUACCUGGGCCUGCAGGAGCAGGACGACUCCGCCCGCCAGGAGGAGACGCUCACCUUCGAGGCUGCCGUGGCGACCAGCCUGGGACGCUCCAACACCAUAAGCUCCGCCCACCAGCUGCGGCACGCCUGGCAGGUCCCCAACGGCCACUUCCGAAAACGCCUGGCCCAGUCCACCUCCUUGGGAGGGGCGGAGCUCUACAGCGACACUGAGGAGGACGAUCGCUGCUAAGGGCAACGGAGAGAACGGCAUUGGGGGGGAGGGAGGGAGAG